AUGGCCGUGUACAAGCCAAAGGUGAUUUCUCUAACCAAGAGGCCCGGUCAGACGUUCGGCUUCUACUUGAGGUUGGAGCACGGUGAGGAAGGUCACCUGAUCCGCUGCCUGGAGAUGGGAGGUCCGGCCGAGCUGGCCGGCAUGAAAGACGGGGACCGCGUUCUCAGAGUCAACGGCAAAUUUGUCGACGGGCUUUCCCAUUCGGAGGUGGUGGAGUUGGUGAAAAGCAGCGGGGCGACCGUAGCCUUCCACACACUGGACGAAGCUUCCUAUAAGCACGCCAAGUCGCAGGGGGUGAACCUGGAAGAACCUCAACCAACGCCUGCUUUCAACGGUGUGGGGCAUCAAGCUCCAAAAGCAAGACUCUGCUACCUGGUUAAAUCUGGGGCAGACUAUGGUUUCUCCCUUCGUUCAGUCAAAGGCGAGCAAGGCGUGUCCGUGACCGAGGUGGUUCCCGGAGGCGUGGCGGACCGGGCCGGCGUCAAAACCAAUGACCGCCUCUUGGAAGUGAACGGCGAAAACGUCGAGAAAGACACGCACGAGCGCGUGGUGGAUAAAGUCAAGAAGGCGGGCAAGAGCCUCAUGUUCCUACUUUCCGACGCAGAAACAGACCGCUACUACCACAACCUGAAAAUGAAGGUCGGCACUAGCUCUGCUACUACCGAGUGCCUGCCUUGCCAGCCUCGCAUCGUGCAGUUGACCAAAGCGCCCAGCGGAUACGGCUUCCUUCUCCGGGAGGAACCGGACAUGACAGGUCACGUGAUCACCGAGAUAGACAAAGGCAGCCCGGCUGAGCGUGGAGGUCUGAAGGACAAGGACAGAGUAGUGGCUGUGGAUGGCCUACAGGUGGACGCGUACACUCACGAGCAAGUGGUGGACGCUAUCAGGCAGAGCGGCAAUAAAUGCUGCCUCCUAGUGGUGGACAAAGACACGGACCUCAUGUAUGCUCAGGGUAAAGUGUCACCCAUGCUUUUCUGGGAGGAGAAGAAGGACACUCUUUUCCCGCCCAGUUACUCGGAAGCCACCAACUUCCCCGACUUGUAUAAAGCACCCACGCCUGCUGAGGAAAGGAAGGACGAGGAAGAAAUCGAGAUUAAACUCAAGUUGUGUAAAAUGGAAAAGACUGCUGCGGGAUUUGGUUUCCAUCUCAACGGCAUCCAAGGGGUGUUCGGACAGUACAUCAAAGAGGUGGUGAAGGGUGGCGCCGCCGACGUCGCCGGCUUGGAGGAUGACGACGUAGUGGUGGAGGUGAAUGGGAAGAACGUGGAACACUGCACGCACGAGGAGGUGGUGGAGUUGAUCCGUGCCACGGGAAACGAGUUGGAGAUGCUCGUGGCUGCCAAGAACGUAUACGAACGUCUCAAGCUCAGGAGGACGCCCAUCACGCGGCAGCUCAUCGGCGAGACUUUGCGGGCGCAAGUACACAGCCAAGAUCGGGAAUGCGAAGAUCAGGAAUGCGAAGUUCUGGAAUGUGAAAAUCAGGAAGUCGUGCUGCCGGCCAAAGCGAGGCUGUCCGCUACAAUCAUUUCUAGACACAGUGAACAGAGUGGCCUUUCCUCGUCCCCCACUGUAUUAAAAGUCCAAGCCAAAAGGCAAAGGGCCCGAAAUCAGCGCAUUCUCAGCGGACGGGGAGAACCGGAGUUGAGGGCGGUCGUCAUGACGAUCCCAAGCCGAAAAUGGAACUUCUCGUUAGACACGUGA